UACGGAAAAUAUUUAUUUAUACAAUACGGGAGAAGGACAAAAAAAAUGUUGCAUAAAUCUAAAUACACAUUAUAAGAGAGUUUGGCGAUUUUCAAUAUUAAAAUAAUUAUAAAAAGCCAUCUACCGGAAUGAAUGUAUAUUAUGCUUAUUAUGUAUAAAUGUAACUCCUAACUCUCAACUAUUCAUUUAUGUCAUAUUUAUUAGACUGAUAUAUUGUUUUGUAGCAAAACGAAUAUUAUACAAAUUUUUAAUACCUGCGCAAAGUUAAGAAUUAUUUUCAAAAAUGCAAAAAUAGAAAUUAUAAUAAGAAUAAUAAUAAUAAAAAAAAUUUAAUAUAUUAAUAAAAAAAUGAUAAUAUUUAUAAGGAUAAAAUUAAUUAAUUAAAUUAAUUAAAAAUUAAUAAUAAAAAAUAAAUAUAAAAGUUCAUAUAAAAGUCUUAUAUAAAAGUUCAAAUAAAUAUUGAGAUUUUUCGGUCAAAACCAAUGAAUAAAAGAAAAUUUAUAAAUAAUUUUUUAUAUUAAUUAAAAAAAUGGUAAAUUGUUAUCAAAACGGAUGGCGGCCACUUCAAUAAAUAACAAUAAUACGAAUAAUAGCAAUACUAUUGGAUAUGGAAGCAUUAAUCAACCGAUAUUAUUGACUAACAUAAAUACAGAAACAUCAUCCUCAUUAAUGAUAGGGCCAACAUCAAAUACCACAGGUACAGGUAGUGCUAGUGGUAUAGGAGUAACAAUUGGUGGCACUACUGGUAUAGUAAGUUCAACAGCAAAUGCAAGUAAUACACAAUCAGGAAACAACAGCAAUAUUAUACAAUCUUCAAAUAUUGUUUCAUCUGGAAGUGGUGGAGGUCUUACUAGUAAUUUGACAAGUAAUAGUGGCAUUAGUAACAUAAUGGCCGGUUCAAGUGGUAUUUGUGGUGGUAUUGGUUCGGGUGGUGUUAGUAGUGCUAUAACAGUCGGAACAACAGGUAGUAAUAUUGUAAGUACAAGCGGAAUAGGAGGUGGUACUGGUGGUGGUGGAGGUGGUGCAACAAUUGCUACUAGUUCAACGAAUCCAAGUGGCAGUAAUACAAAUACAGGUCCAUUAAUUAAUUUAUCAUCUGGUAGUGGUUUAGCUGGUGGUUUAAGUGCAACUAUGGUACCAUCAAGUGCAAUAUCUGGUGUACCACCAAUUGGCUUAGGCAUAGCAACUGGUAUCGGUAAUAAAAUGUUAGGUAGAAAACAAAGUUUAAAAGGUACCGAACCAUUUUUAGCUGAUUAUGGGCCAGAAGAAUCAUUAAAUGAAUCAGCUGAUAUUGAAUGGGUAAAUAAAUUAUGGGUAAGACGUUUGAUGAGGUUUUGUGCUUUAGUAUCAUUAACUUCUGUAUCAUUAAAUACACCCAAAACAUUUGAACGUUAUCCACCAUUACAAUAUGUAACAUUCGUUUGUGAUACUGCUGUUACAAUAUUAUUUACAUCAGAAAUGAUAGCAAAAAUGCAUAUACGAGGUGUUUUGCAUGGGGAUGUUGCAUAUUUAACAGAUCAUUGGUGUCAAUUUGAUGCUUCAAUGGUAUUUUUUUUGUGGGUAUCCAUUAUACUACAAAUAUUUGAAGUUUUGGAAAUUGUGCCCAAAUUUUCAUAUUUGAGCAUAAUGAGAGCACCAAGACCUUUAAUAAUGAUUAGAUUUUUAAGAGUAUUUUUAAAAUUUUCAAUGCCAAAAAGUCGAAUCAAUCAAAUAUUUAAGAGAUCAAGUCAACAAAUAUACAAUGUAACACUAUUCUUUUUAUUUUUUAUGUCAUUAUACGGAUUAUUGGGUGUUCAAUUCUUUGGAGAAUUAAAAAAUCACUGUGUUCUAAAUACAACGCAAAAGAGUUUUUUAACAAUUAAUUCCUUAGCCAUACCAGAUACAUUCUGUUCAACUGAUCCGGAUUCUGGUUAUCAAUGUCCACCUGGUAUGAAAUGUAUGAAAAUGGAUUUUCUUAGUAGUUAUGUUAUUGGAUUCAAUGGAUUCGAAGAUAUUGCAACAAGUAUAUUUACCGUUUACCAGGCAGCAUCACAAGAAGGAUGGGUAUUCAUAAUGUAUCGUGCUAUUGAUUCAUUACCAGCAUGGAGAGCUGCAUUCUAUUUUAGCACAAUGAUAUUUUUCUUAGCUUGGCUUGUUAAAAAUGUUUUUAUUGCUGUUAUAACGGAAACAUUUAAUGAAAUACGUGUACAAUUUCAACAAAUGUGGGGUGCUAGAGGUCAUAUAACAAAAUGUGCUGCAUCACAAAUAUUAGAUGGAAAUGAUACUGGAUGGCGUUUAGUAACAAUUGAUGAUAAUAAACAUGGUGGUCUAGCACCAGAAGCAUGUCAUGCUAUAUUAAGAUCGCCAUAUUUUCGUAUGUUAGUUAUGACUGUUAUAUUAGCAAAUGGAAUUGUAACAGCAUCAAUGAGCUUUAAACAUGAUGGAAGACCAAGACAUAUAUUCUAUGAAAAUUAUUAUUAUAUUGAAAUUGCAUUUACAUUUUUCCUAGAUUUAGAAACUUUAUUUAAAAUAUAUUGUUUGGGCUGGCGAGGAUAUUUUAAGCAUUCAAUUCAUAAAUUUGAAUUAUUAUUAUCAAUUGGUACAACAUUACAUAUAAUACCAAUGUUAUAUUUAUCUGGUUUAACAUAUUUUCAAGUAUUACGUGUUGUUAGAUUAAUAAAAGCAUCACCAAUGUUAGAAGGUUUCGUAUAUAAAAUAUUUGGUCCUGGAAAAAAAUUAGGUUCAUUAAUAAUAUUUACAAUGUGUUUAUUAAUAAUAAGUUCAUCGAUAUCAAUGCAAUUAUUUUGUUUUUUAUGUGAUUUUACAAAAUUUGAAUCAUUUCCUGAAGCAUUUAUGUCAAUGUUUCAAAUAUUAACACAAGAAGCAUGGGUUGAAGUUAUGGAUGAAACAAUGAUAAGAACAAGUAAAACAUUAACGCCAUUAGUUGCUGUUUAUUUUAUAUUAUACCAUCUAUUUGUAACAUUAAUUGUAUUAAGUUUAUUCGUUGCUGUUAUAUUAGAUAAUUUAGAAUUAGAUGAAGAUAUUAAAAAAUUAAAACAAUUAAAAUUUCGUGAACAAAGUGCUGAAAUAAAAGAGACAUUACCAUUUCGUUUACGAAUAUUUGAAAAAUUUCCGGAUGCACCACAAAUGACAAUAUUACAUAAAUUACCAACUGAUUUUACUUUACCAAAAGUUCGUGAAUCAUUUAUGAAACAAUUUGUUAUCGAAAUGGAAACAGAUGAUCCAACAUUAAUAACAGAAGGUGGUAGACGUACUAUGUCUGAAUGUUGGGAAUCAAAUGUUGUUUUUCGUAAACAAAAACCAGUACGUAUUAUGAAUAAAACACCAAAAGUUCGUUCAGCGGGUAGCAGUUUAAGAAAAUUAGCAAUAACACAUAUUAUAAAUGACUCAAAUAAUCAACGUUUAAUGCUUGGGGAUUCGGCAAUGUUGCCAGUUACUGGAGGAAAAGGUCUUAAACCACAAGGAACUAUUACGCACACAAAGCCAUGGCGUGUGGAUCAAAAAAAAUUCGGUUCUCGUUCAAUUCGGCGUAGUGUUAGAUCUGGUUCAAUCAAAUUAAAACAAACAUACGAGCAUUUAAUGGAAAACGGGGAUAUUGGCGCUGCAUCACGUGUAACAUCGUCAAGAGCUAGACCACAUGAUUUAGAUAUAAAAUUAUUACAAGCCAAAAGGCAACAAGCUGAAAUGAGACGUAAUCAACGUGAAGAAGAUUUACGUGAAAAUCAUCCAUUUUUUGAUACACCAUUAUUUUUGGUACCAAGAGAAUCGCGUUUUAGAAAAAUAUGCCAAAAAAUUGUUCAUGGACGUUAUGAUGCAAGAUUGAAAGAUCCUUUAACUGGAAAAGAGCGUAAAGUUCAAUAUAAAAGUUUACAUAAUUUCUUGGGACUUGUUACAUAUUUGGAUUGGGUUAUGAUAUUUGUAACUACUUUAUCUUGUAUAUCAAUGAUGUUUGAAACACCAUUUUAUAGAGUUAUGGAACAUCCUGGUUUACAAAUAGCUGAAUAUGCAUUUGUUAUAUUUAUGAGUUUAGAAUUAGCAUUAAAAAUUUUAGCUGAUGGAUUAUUUUUUACUCCAAAGGCAUAUAUUAAAGAUGUUGCAUCUGUAUUAGACGUAUUUAUAUAUAUUGUAUCAACAUUGUUUUUAUGCUGGAUGCCAAAAAAUGUUGGUACAAAUAGUACAGCACAAUUAUUGAUGAUAUUACGCUGUGUUAGACCAUUAAGAAUUUUUACAUUAGUACCACAUAUGCGUAAAGUGGUAUAUGAAUUAUGUCGUGGUUUUAAAGAAAUUUUAUUAGUAUCAACAUUACUAAUAUUGUUAAUGUUUGUGUUCGCUAGUUAUGGUGUGCAAUUAUAUGGUGGUAGGUUAGCACGUUGCAAUGAUCCAACAAUAUAUAAACGUGAAGAUUGUGUUGGUGUAUUUAUGAGGCGUGUAUUUGUAACAAAAAUGAAAUUAGUACCAGGUAAUAAUGAAUCAUAUCCAUCAAUGUUAGUACCAAGAGUAUGGGCAAAUCCAAGGCGUUUUAAUUUUGAUAAUAUUGGUGAUGCGAUGUUAACGUUAUUUGAAGUGUUAUCAUUUAAAGGAUGGUUGGAUGUUAGAGAUGUUUUAAUCAAAGCUGUCGGACCGAUUCAUGCAAUUUACAUUCAUAUUUACAUAUUUUUGGGUUGUAUGAUCGGAUUAACAUUAUUUGUUGGUGUUGUUAUUGCAAAUUAUUCUGAAAAUAAAGGAACUGCUUUAUUAACAGUCGAUCAAAGAAGAUGGUGCGAUUUAAAGAAACGUUUAAAAAUUGCUCAGCCACUGCAUUUGCCACCAAGACCGGAUGGAAGAAAAUUUCGUGCAUUUACAUAUGAUAUAACACAAAAUAUAACUUUUAAAAGAUUUAUUGCUGUUGUUGUACUUAUUAAUAGUAUGCUGUUAUCAAUAACGUGGAUAAAAGAUGAAAUACAUACAGAACGUUUAGUAAUCUUGAGUACAAUAUUAACAUUUGUAUUUGUUAUUGAAGUUGUUAUGAAAAAUAUUGCAUUUACACCGCGAGGUUAUUGGCAAUCAAGAAGAAAUCGUUAUGAUUUAUUAGUAACAGUUGCCGGUGUUGUAUGGAUAUUUUUACAAACUAUUCUACGGAGCCAUCUAUCAUAUUUUAUUGGUUUUAUGGUUGUAAUUUUGCGUUUCUUCACCAUAACCGGAAAGCAUACAACUCUCAAAAUGUUAAUGUUAACUGUUGGUGUAUCCGUUUGUAAAUCAUUUUUUAUAAUAUUUGGUAUGUUUUUAUUAGUAUUUUUUUACGCGCUUGCUGGUACAAUAUUAUUUGGCACUGUUAAAUACGGUGAGGGUAUCGGAAGGCGCGCUAAUUUCGGCUCACCAGUUACGGGCGUUGCUAUGCUUUUCCGUAUUGUUACCGGUGAAGAUUGGAACAAAAUUAUGCAUGAUUGUAUGGUUCAACCACCUUAUUGUACAAUGGCAACAAAUUAUUGGGAAACUGAUUGUGGAAAUUUUACAGCAAGUUUAAUAUAUUUUUGUACAUUUUAUGUGAUCAUAACUUAUAUUGUGCUUAAUUUACUUGUGGCUAUUAUCAUGGAGAACUUUUCGCUGUUUUAUUCAAAUGAAGAGGAUGCCUUGUUAUCAUAUGCCGAUAUAAGAAAUUUUCAAAAUACAUGGAAUAUUGUCGAUAUACAUCAACGUGGCGUUAUACCAGUAAGGCGUGUUAAAUUUAUUUUACGUUUACUAAAAGGACGACUUGAAUGUGAUCCACAAAAGGAUCGUUUAUUAUUCAAGUAUAUGUGCUAUGAAUUAGAUAAAUUGCAUAAUGGUGAAGAUGUCACAUUCCAUGAUGUUAUAAAUAUGCUAUCAUAUCGAUCAGUUGACAUAAGGAAAGCGUUACAAUUGGAAGAGUUGUUAGCGCGUGAAGAAUUUGAAUAUAUUAUAGAAGAAGAAGUGGCUAAACAAACUAUUCGAACAUGGUUAGAAGGAUGUCUUAAAAAAAUACGAACGCAAAAUGCUAGCAAACAACAAAAUUCUUUAAUUGCCGGUCUUCGUGCUACAAAUGAAAUGCUAAUGAAGGAUAAUGUUUUUGAAGAAAAAGGUAAAGAAACACAAACCAUGCAACAACAGCAACAACAACAGCAGCAGCAACAUCAGACUGGUGUCGGUGCUCCAAGCUCUGGAAGUAGUAGUAUCGGACAAACUGGUGGCAGUGGAUCAAGCGGUUCAAGUGGUAUACUAAUAUCAGGUGAUCGUCAACAAAUUCAAACGAAUUUUCCACAAUUUACAACAACAGGUGGUACUGGUACAUCAACAAGUGGCUUAACAACAAAAAUCAAUCAAGAACAAGGCGAUCCCUUAUAUAACGCUAUUAAUUUAAUAAAUAAAGAGAAUGUUGUCAAUAACCAAAUGACAAUUUCAAUAACACCAACUAGUACCGGUAUAUUAUCAAGUGGAAUUAGUGGGCAAACAUCUGCUAUAUUAACAACAGUAUCACCAAUAACAACGUCUACAAGUGUUGUAUCAACAUCAGUAUCAACUGGUGGUAUUAUAGCAACAGGUGUAACAAGUUCUACAAGUAGUCAACAAAUAAGUACAUCUGAUUUACGUACUAGAAAACAAUCAACAAAAACAAUUUUAAAUCGCUCUGAUUCAACUGGUAGUUCAAGUGGUAGAAAAUUUUUAGCUCCAACAUUAUCUGAUCCACAAGCACGUAGCGUUGAUAAAGAUCGAUAUUCAAAUAAAAAGAAAAAUUUAACACAAAUUUCAUCAGCUGCAUGUCAAGCUGUAUCAUCAUCAACAUCUAUUGUACAACGACAACCACAUUUAAAUGAAUUAAUAAAUCAUCGGUAUCAUCAUAAUACCCAUAUUUUAUAUUAUCCAGCUGUUACAGAAUCCCAUCGUAAUAAUAUUCAUCAAUUUAAUCAACAAAUACAACAAUCACAGCAACAACAACAACCGCCACAACAGCAACAACAACAACAACAACCACAAUUAUUAGCGACCAGUGGUGGUAUAAGUAGCAGUAUUAGUGGGAUUGGUGUUGUUGGUAGUACAGUUGGCGGAGGAACAAGUGGUACUAUUCAAACAGCAUUCGGUUAUAAUAAUUUAAGUGUAUUAGGGAAUAAUAAUUUAUCAAAUGAGUUUGAUAUAAAUAAUAUUAAUAAUAAAAUAUUAUCAUAUAAUACACAAGCUAAUAUGGUAUUUGAAGUUCACGAUUGGUGGUCGGAACAAGUAGUUUGUACACAAAGUAGCGAUGAAGAAACGUAACUAUAGCUAUAUUUCUGAUUUAGUAAUAAAACAAAUUCGAUGCGGUUAGCAUUGUACAUUGUCUAAAUUAGCAAAAGUAUUCCAGAAGAUUAUAAAAAAUGCGUUUUAAACACUUCUUCACAACUUUAAGGAAACUAAUAAACUUUAAGUUAACAUACCUACAAAAAUGUUAAUUUGGUUCUUAGGAGAGUUUCAUUUUAUGCCGUCGGAAUUAUACGAAAAGUUCGUCAGUAACUUCUGGUAACAACCAGAGUUCAAAUAUUAAAUUUCAAGAAAUUCCAUUAAUUCGCUCCGUAGAUAUGGUAAAAAAUCUCUGAUCUUCUCAAAAUAUUUAUUGUGUUAACACGUUGAGUUUAAAUAUUAAAUUUCAAUGAAAUCGGAAUUUACUUGAAAAUGAUCAAAAAUGUGAAACAGGCCCGUUAAAAGGUCCAGUUCCCGAAGAAUGAAAUAUUUCAAAAUGUAGAUUAAUCCAUGCCAUAAUCGAAAUAAACUUACAUAUAAAAUUUCAUCAAAAUUAGUUCAGUCUAACUUGAGAUACACCCGUACACACACAGUCAGAUAGACAGGCAGACCUACAGACUGACAGACCGACAGGUUGCAAAAAAUAGUUUAUUUACACUUUCCUACCAUGGAGAAGUGCGUUCCCACAGAAAACUCGACAUGCAAAAUUUGUUGCCAUCACAUAACCUACCUAUUGUAUACACAAUGCGGUCGGUAAAAACGAUUAAUAUAUAUUUUUAAAUGAUUACACUAAUUUCAAUUCAAAUUUUUUAGUUAAAUUUUAAUAAAAAUAUUAAAUCAAAUUUUUGAUAAUAAAAAAUGUAACAUACUUAAUAUUGUGUAACUUUAGCAAGCCAAAAUUUCAAUAGUUUUUGGAAAGAAUCAAUACAAAUAGUAAAACAUAAAACCCAAUACAAAUAGUUUUUGGAAAGUUAUAUAAAAUUUGAAAUAGUGUCAAAAAAUGUAUUUAAUAUUGUAAUUAAUUUAAAUUGUUGAAUGAACGUAGCUUACAAAUUAGUUUGCUUUUAGGUAAAUACUUGCAUUUUAUUUUACAUUUAUUUACACUGUUCUGUUAAAAUUACUUUUCCACCAUGCUUUAAAAACGUUAACAAUAUUAAGAAUAUUCCAAAAAUAAUUAUCUGUCAAAUAAAUUGAAGUUCUAUUGUUACAAAAUUGUUAUACAUACAAUAAU